GCCCCACGUCUGUUAUUCUGCAUGGCAUGUCGGAAAUUGAUUGCCUGUAUUAUUUUUCGGAUCAUUGGGCCUUCGAUUAGGAUUUCGUUUUGCUUGGGCUCAGAGUCCUAAGCCCGGCGACGAGUAAUGGAGUUCAAAUUUUUACAAGUUUUCCACGAAAAAGUUGUGGUGGUGCUACAGCUGGGAAGGAGAGGGAAAGAAGGAAGGGAAUCAGGGAUAGAAACGUAAAAGAAGCACGAGAGGAAAGUGGGAGAAAGUAGGAAGGGAGGAAAACCCUAGCAGCUGCAGCCAGCUACCGCGGCUUUAUCUUCUUCUAACCAAUUCUUCUCCUCAAAAUUUCAAAUGCACAGCGACCCUACCAUCCUAGGUCUCUUCUACAGUUCUACGACUAUCCCUUUCCUCACUUCCCUUCCCCUAUAAGAACUAAGUCAAGUCACCACACCUUCCGUUCCAGCGACAAGUGCUGCUCGCCGCCGAGCCGCAGCCCAUUACACACAAACCCCUUAAGCUUCCUCCUCUCCCCCCACAAAUGGAGAUCUGCACUUCUCAAGCAGCCGUCGUCUCUUCUCUCCCUAAACUUCCCACUCCCUCAUCUAACGCCGCUCGCCUCCUCUGCACCUCCUCCGCCGCUCUGCCUCGCUUCCAUUACUCUCGCUCGUUCCGCGCUUCCAGAUCUCUGCGGUUUACGGCGAGAGCGUCUGAGGAAACGUCGACCGAGGUGAAUACGCCUUAUGUCGUAGAGGGAACUAGCGGGUUUGGUGAGAGUAGCAGCGCGACGAAGGUAGCUGAAGAAAAAGUCUCGGCUGCCGUUGAACCUCAAGUUGUUUACGAUGAAAACGCGGCGCCGGAAAGUGAAGGACCCGCUUUCCCGGAGAGCAUAAAUGAGUUUCUGGCCGAUCUCAAUCUCAAGUUUGACUCAGAGGACACGAUUUCCCUUGUUAUAUAUGGAAGUGGAGCUCUACUCGCUUUGUGGUUGACAUCGGCUGUUGUCAGUGCUGUUGAUUCCAUUCCCUUGUUUCCCAAGCUGAUGGAAGUUGUGGGACUCGGCUACACCUUCUGGUUCACUACCCGCUAUUUGCUGUUCAAGAAAAACAGGGAAGAGUUGGUUGCGAAAGUUGAGGAGCUGAAACAACAGGUCCUUGGCACAAAAGAUGAUUGAAUAAACCAUUUUCUUGUGGGGUGUUCUUCAGAAUCAUGUUUUCGCUUAGAGUUUCACAACAUAUAAAUAGCUAGCUAUCAGUAGAGAUACAUGGUUGUGGGAGGGUUCUUAUACUAGCCUUUUCACAUUAUAGUUAUAUCUGUCAAUAAUAAAAAUAGAAUUUGUUUCUCGCCAUAGCAAGUAUACAUAGUUUUGUUUCCUCACCCAACAGCCACCUUGUGUUUGGUCUCAUUGACCUCAGUGUUUCAUUUGCUCACUCGUGGUGGUUAUUAUGAUGAAAUGUAAAGCUAAAGGAGAGUUAAUGUUGAUAGUUGCCUAUAAUUUUCGAGUAAUAAUGUCUUCCCCAACUUGGUAUCAUCAGCACAUAAACUUUUAUAAACAAAAAUUUUAGGG